AUGCAGACACAGCCAGAUCAAGAACGUCUUAAUACAUAAGCAAAUUAACCAUAAGAACCUAUCUAAAAUAAGACCCCUUUUUUCGAUCUAGAAUCUUCAGGUGAUUCUUUGGAAGAUGGCAGAGUGACUAAUCUAUAUUUUCAACGUUUUAGGAUGUUGGAUUUGAGCUUUUUUGUUUUUAAUUUAAUUGGGACUGGAUUAACGGUGAUUACUUUAGAAUUAAUUCAUUAUGAUUAAUAACAGGAAGCAAGAUUAGUGAUUUUGUGGGUGAUUUUUAUAUCAAAUUUAAUAUUAAUGGGACUGGCCUUAGUUAGAAAUCAAGCAAAGCUCAAAUGGAGAGAGAGUAAAGGAGAUGUGUAUAGUGGAUUUACAAAGGAGCAUGUAGAGUUGUUGAUGGAAAUAAUCAUUAUUGCCGCAUCUCCCUUACCUUUUUUAGAUAGUAUUAGUUUCUACUUUACUAAUAAUUUUGUUGAAGGAGAUGUAAACCAUACUUAAAUAUUAUAGGUAUAUUAUUAUGCAAAUGAAUUACUUUGUUUGACUCUAGCGUUUCGAGUAAUAUUCUUUAUUCGAACAACCUUAUUGAAUUCAUAUUGGCAUUCUAAUAGAACUGACCGAGUAUGCAGUUUAUAUGCCAGUUAAGCUGAUUAUAUGUUCACCAUAAAAUCUCUAAUGAGAAAUUAGCCAUUCACAGUGAAUUAUAGUGCUAUGAUUCUUCUAAUAUUUGUAUUUGGUUAUUGUUUAAGAAUAUGUGAGAGUCCUUUAAAUAGAAUCGAUGUUAGCAGCAAUGAUUUUAGUAGUUAUGCUAAUUCCAUGUGGUGUGUGAUAGUUACAAGCACUACUUUGGGAUAUGGUGAUUAUUAUACCAGAACAUUAUUAGGACGUUUAGUAAUGAGUGUAGUUUGUAUAUUGGGAAACUUUGUUGUGUCCUCCAUGAUUGUGAUCAUCACAAAUGAAUCAUAUUUAACUACAUUGGAAAACAAGGUUGUCAUUUUAAUUGAUCGUUUGAGUUUAAAAAAAUAAAUGCAAUAGGAGGCAGCAAUGAUUAUAACCAUAUUUGGUCGUAUGCAUUAUGCAAAAAGACAUCUUGAUUUGACUGAAGAUGAAUUUACGGAUAUGAGUAAAAAGAUGAAAAAAUAUGCUAUUCAAUUAAAAUUAACCACUCGUAAAUAUGUUGCAGCAAGAGCUUUGGGAAGUUAAUUGGAAGAAAUCAAUAGUGGAUUUAAUUCGCUUAAAGAAAAUCUCAAAUAAACAUCUUAGUUGUAGGAAGAAUUAAUAAAAGCAAAUGAAAAUCUUAUCUAUAAGAUAGAUAAUAAAUGA